AUCAUAGCAGGAGCCCAAAAGAAUUAAAUGGAUCUCGCUCCAUUUUAAGUUUCGAAGAGAAGGAAAGAAACCGACACACACCUACCAGAAACACACUUGUAAUUAUACCCCUCCCUCUAGUUUUUGAAAAUACAAGCAAAGUUUUACCUAUUUUAUUUAAAUUUGAGGCAUCACAUCUGUCACAUUCUCCUUUUCUUUUUUUAUCCCUUGCAUAGUACUUUGCUUUUGCCUCAAAUCUUCCCUCCCUUGCCAAUUAAAAAUUUUACGUCAAUUUGAGUGAGUGCUUUCACCUUUUCUUUAAAUUUUAAUUCAACGCAGCCAAGUAUAAUAUAUAUUAUAUACCUGAAUUUUGCACCUACCAACCAUGAUUUCCCGCAUUCCUUUUUAUUGGAAUGUAAUAUUUGUUUAAGUUGACUCGUGCGGCAUUCAAUACACCCCUCGCUCUUGCUCAUGAUUCUUGACAUCUUUUGUGAUCUCAUUGCUGCGAUCACUAUGUUCUUUCUUCUGCAUUUAUCCCAUAUGAAUUUUCAACUUUGAAUUUUGUUCAAGAUAUACAAACAGUAGCAGUGAUCCACACGCAGCUUCAAAAAUAUGUGGUAAUUUAGUGGUUGAUGGAGAAAGGCUAGAGAGAGAGAGAGAGAGAGAAGAAUGGAGGAUUACCAAGUGGUGGAGCAGAUCGGUAGAGGAGCUUCGGGGGCUGCAUUUCUUGUUCAUCACAAAGUUGAAAAGAAGAGGUAUGUUCUAAAGAAGAUUAGGCUGGCAAAGCAAACUGAGAAAUUCAAGCAGACUGCGCAUCAGGAGAUGGCAUUGAUGGCAAAACUAAACAAUCCGUAUAUCAUCGGAUACAAGGAUUCGUGGGUGGAGAAGGAUUCAUUUGUGUGCAUCGUAACAACUUACUGUGAAGGUGGAGACAUGUCAGGAAUAAUAAAGAAAGCUAGAGGUGUAUAUUUCUCGGAAGAGAAGAUCUGCAGGUGGCUUACUCAGUUGCUACUAGCUUUGGACUACCUUCACUCUAACCGUGUCCUUCAUAGAGAUCUUAAGUGCUCCAACAUUUUCCUCACAAGGGACGGCCAGAUUAGAGUUGGUGACUUCGGCCUUGCAAAGCUUCUUCUCAAAGAGGAUCUUGCUUCAUCUAUAGUGGGGACUCCAAACUACAUGUGUCCAGAAAUAUUAGCAGAUAUACCCUACGGCUACAAAUCCGAUAUAUGGUCUUUAGGCUGUUGCAUGUUUGAAAUAGCUGCUCAUCUACCUCCCUUCAGAGCUGCAGAUAUGGCUAGCUUAGUUAACAAAAUUAACAGAUCCACAAUUUCUCCUCUGCCUACACUAUAUUCCUCUUCCCUAAAGCGGCUCAUUAGAAGCAUGCUCAGGCGAAGCCCCGAGCAUAGACCAACGGCUGCGGAGCUGUUGAGGCAUCCGCAUUUGCAGCCAUAUCUAGCUCACUACACCAACCUAUCUCCAGUUUUCCUCCCAAUAAGCUCUAAAAUCGAGAAGCAGAAGAAACCUUGCAGAAAAGGGCAGACAUCAGAUGGCUCGUCGGGGAAAAAUGCAAAAGUGACUGAUGUAUCCUCUUCCUCCUCCUCAUCGGAGUUGAGCACGGUGAGUGACUUGAAAGACGAGUCUGAGAAAGUGAAUAUGGAGAGGAUUACGGCUGUGGUCCGGUGUGGAGGUAAAGGUUUGGGAGAGGAGAAGGCGGAGGCGAUGGAGUCGUUGCUUGAGCUGUGCGCGCAGCUGCUUAAGAGGGAGAGGUUUGAGGAGCUUGCCGGAGUGCUGAAGCCGUUUGGAGAAGAGGAAGCCGUUUCCUCCAGAGAGACUGCCAUUUGGUUGACUAAAGGGCUCAUGAAUAUUCAGAGAAGAAAUCAACAACCUUAAUUAAUUGCAUGUAUUCAGUAAGGAGUGUUGAUCAAUUCCUCAUCACAUACAAGUGUGUUGCUGGAUUAGGGAACACAAGCUGGAUAUAUUAUCCAUAAAUUCUUUUUCAAGGGCAGUUCAGAUCCUUCGUUCCAUAA